CUAUGCAACGUCCAGUCCGUACAGGUUGGGGCGAGCAGUUCUGGGAGGAAGGACCGGCGGCGUAUCUCGGUACGGACCACACGAGGAACGCCUCCUUGCUGCACUCGCCGGGACUGCACCCCGCCGCCGCCCAGUGGAUCGUGGACAACCGGGACGUGAAGGCGGUCGGGAUUGACACCCUCUCGGCGGAUCCUGGAGAUUCGACGACGUAUGAAACUCACCUGAUCCUCCUGCCCAACAACGUCCUCAUCCUAGAGAACGUUGCCCACCUGGACGAGAUGCCCCCUACCGGAUCCACCGUGUACGCCAUGCCCAUCAAGAUCGGUGACGGAAGCGGAGCUCCCUCUCGAAUUUUCGCAAUCGUGGAUGGCCGAACCAGCGCAGCAGGGCCGACAACACCAAACAUGGCCGUCAUCUUUUCAUCAAUGACUGCACUUAUCGGUGUCUUCCUGACUUUUGCAUGAAAGCAUACUUUCAUGAAAAUAGUUUAAUGGAAAGAAAGGUGCACGUGGAUGGAAAAAUCCAAA